UAUGGAAGUCAAAUAUCGCCCACCACUUAAUGAUGUGUAAAAUAUAUAUCCUAUUAUAUUAGUAAUGAAUGCAAUUGGUUAGAAAAAAACUUUGUAUCAUGUUUGAAGGAGAAGAGUGUGAAAGAUGAUUUACCAAAAAGAGUAUGCAAAGUUGAGAAUGUAAACAUAAAUAAUAUUAAAAAUAAGAUUCUUUGGUUUUUUUUGGAAUGCCCUGAAAGAUCUGGACCUUAUGAGGAUGCAAAUUAAUUAAGGAAUAUUUAUAUAAAACAAAAAUUAGCAGAUUUGAAUCCAACUGUGCCUGAACCCAGGAAAAGAAAAUGAG